GUUCUGAGAAGGACUCGGUAACUUUCGGAAAUCUCCGGCAUCUGGGGGCCGCGACGGAAACUCUCGGCAACUUCCGCAGAGCGGAAAGAAAGCGCCUUCGUCCCCCAGCCUCGCGGGCGGGCUCGGGUUCGGGUCUUUCCGGAUGAGCUCGCCUGCUUCCGUCGCCCCGCCCGGGGUUCUUCCUCCUCCAGGCGCGGCCGUGGAGAAAGACGCGGGGAGCUCGUUUGGCAACGAUGGGAGAGACGCGGAUCUGAGCCGAGGCAGGAUGUCGGAGCCGCUGCCCUUGUCCUACGUGACGGCCCAAGAGAUGCGCUGCCUCCUGCACUGGCUGUUGGGCUGGACCCCCGCGCAACGCGAGCGCUUCCUCCGAGACCUGGUGGACAAGGCCGUCCCGUGGAAGGUGCUCCCCCUGCUGGAGGGCCUGGCCGGACUCACCGUGGGGCCUGGAAAGCCCCCCUCCAUUUACGAGUGCCAGAUGCGUCUCUGGGACCAGUGGUUCCGCCGCUGGUCGGAGGCCGAGCGCAACGAGUUUGUGAGGCAGCUGGAGGAGGAGAUGCCGGACCUGGCCGGGCGCUUUUACCAAGAAGUGGCCGCGACCGCAGGACAGCUCUGAUGGGGCCGUGGCUCUCCCUCCCGCCCCCUAUUUUGUACCGACUCUUCUUGACGUCCUCAGCGUGCUGCUGUUAAAUGAAAUGAACGGCAUUCUGUGUGCAACCCUGAAUAAUAUGAAUAAACAUUGUUUACAAGA